AUGCGCAGCUCCAAGCUGCUGGCUGUCUGGACCCCAAGGGCUGGACCUCGAUAUCUCAGCCAGAGCCAGUUCGGGGGAGACGCUGUCGGCAGCCUGUGCUCCAGAACCUACGGGCAGCGCCACCUCACCACCCAAAACUCGAAGGCUCAGCACCCGGUCAGUCCGACGGUGAUCUCGGGUAUACCUCGUUUCCGUUCGCCCUUACGAACCUUCCCUCCGACGCCAUGCCGCUCCUCUCCGCAUUCCGCUGUGACAGAGCAAAUCCGAUUGCUGUCUGCGACCCGGAGGGUGCAUGAUGUGAAGCCACAGACGACGGAAGCCGUGAAGCAAGUCGAUUCGAAAGUUGUCCGAGACCAAGAGGUGGAUUCACAGCAAGGGUUCCAGCUGUCAGAGAGAGCUGCCCAAGCAGCGCAGAUAAAUCUGAGCGCGAAGUUGGGACGCGACACCAAGGGCGGCGGGAAAAAGCCGGGUCUGCAGGAGAUAUGGAGGCUGCUGCAAAUUGCUCGUCCGGAAGCGAAAUGGCUCGCCGCUGCGUUCCUCUGUCUCCUGAUCUCCUCCGGCAUCACGAUGUCGAUCCCCUUCUCGAUUGGAAAGAUCAUGGACAUUGUGACCAAGAGCAACGCUGAAGGAACCAAUGAAUUGUUUGGACUUAGUGUUCCCAUGUUCUACGGCGCUUUGGCUGGCAUUCUCGUCCUUGGAGCCGCCGCAAACUACGGAAGAAUCAUCAUUCUCCGUAUUGUGGGCGAGAGGGUCGUCGCGCGGCAGCGUUCCAAGCUGUUCCGGCGAACCUUUGUCCAAGACGCAGAGUUCUUUGACGCCAAUCGCGUGGGUGACUUGAUCUCGCGGCUCAGCUCGGAUACCCUUAUCGUGGGCAAGAGCAUCACUCAAAAUCUCUCUGACGGUCUGAGAGCGUUUGUCAGUGGUGCUGCUGGCUUCGCAGCGAUGGCGUAUGUGAGCCUGAAGCUUUCUAGCGUCCUGGCUAUCCUCCUUCCCCCCAUCGGACUGGCAGCUUUCUUCUACGGCCGAGCGAUCCGCAACUUGAGUCGUAAGAUCCAGAAAAAUCUGGGCACGUUGACCAAGAUUGCCGAGGAACGUCUUGGGAACGUGAAAACUAGCCAGUCCUUUGCAGGAGAGGUUCAGGAGGUCCACCGUUACAACUCUCAAGUCCGGAAGAUUUUUGAAUUGGGCAAGAAAGACUCAAUCAUUAGCGCAACUUUCUUCAGCUCGACAGGUCUCAUGGGCAACAUGACGAUUCUGAGUCUCCUCUAUGUGGGAGGAGGCUUAGUACAGUCGGGCGCCAUCACGCUCGGUGAACUGACGUCUUUCCUUAUGUAUACUGCAUAUGCUGGGUCUAGCUUAUUUGGCUUGUCCAAUUUCUACUCAGAGUUGAUGAAAGGCGUUGGUGCAGCCAGUCGCUUGUUUGAACUGCAGGACAGGCUACCGACAAUCUCUCCCACUAAAGGUGAAAAGGUCACCUCUGCACGCGGUCCAAUCCGGUUCGAGAACGUCAGUUUCAGCUACCCGACUCGGCCUGCUGUGACGAUCUUCAAGGAUUUGAAUUUCGAGAUUCCCCAGGGCUCCAAUGUGGCUAUCGUGGGUCCUUCUGGAGGAGGCAAAUCGACGAUUGCGUCCCUCCUUCUGCGAUUCUACAACCCUACUGAGGGACGCAUCCUGAUCGAUGGCAAGGACAUCAGUGGAAUGAAUGCCAAGUCGUUACGACGGAAGAUCGGGAUCGUUUCCCAAGAGCCUGUCCUGUUUUCGGGUACGAUCGCGGAGAAUAUCGCAUAUGGCAAGCCGGAAGCGACCAGAGCCGAGAUUGUCGCAGCAGCGCGGAAGGCGAACUGCCAGUUCAUCAGUGACUUCCCGGACGGCCUGGACACUCAUGUUGGGCCCCGUGGCGCACAACUAUCUGGUGGACAGAAACAACGCAUCGCCAUUGCUAGAGCUCUGAUCAAAGACCCUGAUAUUCUGAUCCUCGACGAAGCAACCUCUGCCCUCGACGCCGAAUCCGAGACUCUGGUGAACAGCGCUCUGGCGGCCUUGCUCCGUGGCAACAACACUACCAUCAGCAUCGCUCACCGACUCUCCACUAUCAAGCGCUCCGACACCAUCAUCGUUCUGGGCCCUGAUGGACGAGUUGCAGAGCAGGGCUCAUACCAGGAACUCAGUUCCCGGCCUGACGGAGCGUUUACGAAGCUUAUGGAGUGGCAGAUGAGUGGUGGUGACAUGCCGCAACAUCCGCUUGUUGCUCAAAAAGGUCCUCCUACUUAUGAAGAGCAGCUGGAGCAGCUUCACCAGGAGGAACAUGAAGUGGAUGCAGAAGAGGAGGAGGAAGUGAAGGAUCAGAGCGAAUUCAAAGCCCAUAAACAGGGCUGA